UACGAUGCCAUGCAGGUUAUUCAUCUAAGCCCCAAAAAUUACCUGUCAGCAGCAAACCCAAGCCAAUAACCAGACAUCGCCUUCCUAAAAAAAAUCAAAAAGGAAAAGAAGGAGAAGAAGGGCAAGAAAAAACAAAAGGACAUCGGGAGGUGCCCGAUUCCAGGAACCGGAAGCAGAUUCCGACGCCAACUCAACCCAACUCAACUUUAGUCUGCCAGGGACGGAAGCACCCCCGAAACUAAGCGGGAGGCACCAUCACUGCUCAUCAGCACUAGAACUUAGGACCACUUGGUAGUUGGUAGACUGGGUUGUUGUUAAGUCCUAAAAGAUAAAAAGUACGGACCACCGCCACCGGACUUCCGGUCCCCAACUUCCGGGAGGCAGGCUGUCUGUGUGCCCUAUCAUUAAUUUAUUAUAUUCUGUAAUCUAUAUUGGACCGAUGUGCACGCGCAUUGAUGGUGCGCUAGGGCAAUCAGACCAUCCUCAUCUCAUAAACCACCUGACCGGGGAGGGAGGGGGGGAAAGAUGGUACGGAUACUUGAGUGGUUGUAUCAGCAUGAUUGAAAGCCAAGCUGAUGUGUCACAUUGGAAUAAUUAUUUUCUUGGGGGGACGAGCUGCACAAACAUUGAUGUGAUGGGGGACGCGUUGGUCUAUGCAUCACAUGUGGAUGUGAGGCGUCGGGGACGGGAAGAGCAAGACCAGACCCGACACUGGGACAAUCUCCCUGCAUAUGGAUCUGAAGAAAUGCGCUGCUGCUUGAUACAUAUGACGUAUGUCACUGAAGGGGUCGGGUGCCGAUCUAUCAUGGAUCUAUCUAGGCAACGAAGUAGUAUCGAAGUACUCCGUACCGAUGAAGGUCAUUGGAGGUCUGCCAGCUUCGAGGCAUCCGGACUGCGUUGCUUCGCCAUUGCGUUUGUGAGGUUCUGGCGGUGUUGAGACAGCCAGAUCCGCGAGUCGAAACACGCAAGCUGUCAAACUUGGCGAUGGUGGGUAUGAAUCUC